UUUCAAUUCAAGGAUUUAUUAAAACAAUAAAUUUCUUCUUAAGAACAGUUAAACAAUCUCUCCUCCUAGACCGUUGUAUUUGUGUGUAUGCUGAAUGUUGAUAGUAUUGGACAGUUGACAAACGCUACAAAUUGUGUAGAUGCUAAUAACAGUAUCGACUGAUUACAUCGCACAUGACAAGUGUGAACCAUCCUUGAAGAUACUGUACGUUUUGAUGCACUUUUAAAAGAAGAAAACUAUGGAUAUCAACUUGAACGACUUGAUCACCUUUUUUAAUGUCGUUAUAAGAUUUCUGAUCAUACAAAUGCUAUGGAUAGGCACCGGAGCGUGGAAUGAACGAUUACUUCUUACUGAAAAGGAAAUAAAUGGACUACCGAAUUUAUGUCUGCAGGGCAGACAUCAAUCUCCAAUCAAUAUUGUGACCAGCAAUCUUGUAUAUGAUCAUUCCUUACCUGUUAUUGAAAUAGAAGGACUAGAAAAGCAACUUGAGUUGAUCGUUGAAAAUUGUGGAUAUGAUAUACGCAUUAGCUUGACUAGUGAAUCUGUGCAACUGAAUGGCGGUCCAUUUUCUUACACUUAUCAAAUUGCCUUUAUGCAAAUUAAAUUUGGAUCAACAUCAAAUCAAGGAUCAGAACACAUGAUAGAUGGUAAAUCUUUUCCAGGAGAAUUACAAAUUUAUGCAUUCAACAGUGACUUAUAUCACAACUUUUCAUAUGCAUCUUAUCGUCCUAAUGGAAUCCUUGCUCUCAGUGUUUUCUUUAAACUUGGGAAUAUGACAAACAAAGACCUUCUAGGAGUUGUCGCUGCAGCUGAACAAACCAUUUUCAAAGGGGAAACAUCCCAGUUGAAAGGUCUUGAACUACGAUCGCUAUUGACAUCAACUCAUGAGUUCAUGACCUAUGAAGGUUCAUUACCAUUUCCUCCAUGUCAAGAAACAGUAACCUGGAUUAUACUCAAUCAUCCAAUAAUUAUUAGUGAAACUGAAUUAAAAACUCUCCGACGACUACGUGUUGCGCAUACAUUGUGGUCAGGAUCAAUGGCUGACAAUUUUCGACCAAUUCAAGCUACUAACAACCGAUCAGUUCGUACGAAUAUUAAUUUUCAUAGUUCGAAUGAAGCAUGUGAUGUACGAAAACAAGUUUCCUACACUGCAAAUAUUGCACAAGUAUGAAGUGAACAACGGUGAGAAAUGAAAUUGAAAGCAAUUAAACCAAUUCAUCUACUUCUCCUAAAUAUACUGAAAAAAAAAAUCAGGGAAACCACUCAAUCAUGUAUAAAUAGUUUUUUUAAAAGGAACUUCGGAAACAUUUUCCUUUGUUAACCUAAAACAACAAUAAUAGUACAUUUCUAUUUGUAUCCUACUCAUUUUUCAUUAUGAUUUUAAAUUCUCCUUUGUAUACAUCCAUCUUUAUAGAUACUCUCAAGAAGAGUGUAUUUGUAAAUCCUUCCACAAAAAUUACUAGAGGCGAUGUAAUAGUAUGAAGGAAACAAUCAAUAUAUUAAAUGCAGGCAUGUCAAAAUAAGAACAAUGAUUUCUCCUUUCCGUUUCAUCUUUAUUAUCUUCUGAUUGUUUACAAAAUAUCUUUAUAAUUUACAGGGUUAUCUUUUAAGACUAUUGGUAUCAUCAUCAUCCUUAUCAUUGAUUUUACCUCCUCACUGAAAAUAUAUAUCAACACACAUCAAGGAUAUUUAGUUUUAAAGAGAAGUAGUUUAUCCUUAUAUAGAUCUUUAGUGAUGACGAUAUGAUGGAGAUGACUACGAUAACGACAUUAGCAACAAAAUAGUCAACUGUUUCAGAAAAACAUCAUGAAGUUGAAGAAUUUACCACACUUGGUACCACCACUCUUCAAAGUUCAAUGUUUUAAUGACAACUAGAUCAUUUUGGUUAAGUUUUAGUUCAUCUGAAUAUUUAUAUUUUUACUAUAAAACUUUGAAUCUCGAAAGUUUUAUGAUGUCAUCUCGAUAUGUUUUAAAACGAAAUAAAGG